CUACAACCUCCAACCAAUAGCACCACUACAAACACAAAAUGCCCACCAAAAAAGUCCUCAUCGUCCUCAGCGACGCCAACUCCUUCCCUCUAAAGAAGACCUCCGGGCCCGACGCCGGCAAAACCAUCGACCAGCCCUCAGGCUUCUUCCUGAUGGAGCUCGCCAAGCCCCUCCAAAAGAUCCUCGACGCCGGCCACGAGGUCACCUUCGCCUCGCCCAAGGGCGCGGAGCCCGUCCCGGACCCCAACAGCGAGUCCCUGCUGGCCUUCGCAGGCAAUUUCUACGAGCGCCGGCGCGAGAACGAGCUGAUCGAGCGCAUGAAGCGCGAGAACGGGUUCAGCCGGCCGCGCCCUUUCGCCAGCAUCAGCGACGAGGAGCUGGCCUCGUUCGCCGGCGUGUUCAUCCCCGGCGGCCACGCGCCGCUGGCCGACCUCGGCGACAACCCGGACCUCGGCCGGAUUCUGCGCUACUUCCACAAAGAGAACAAGCCGACGGCGGUGAUCUGCCACGGGCCGUAUGCGUUGCUGAGCACCAAGUUUGCCGGGGACGGGGAUUUCGUGUACAAGGGGUAUCAUAUCACGUCGUGGAGUGAUGUGGAGGAGAAGGCGAUGGAGACGUUGCUCGGCGGGGAGGUCGAGAAGGUCGAGUCCCGGUUGAAGGAGGAAGGCGCGGUUAUGGAGACGGGGCUGUCGGAGAAGGCCGGGUAUACCACCCUCCAUCGCGAGUUGGUGUCGGGGGGCAAUCCCAUGGCGGCGAAUGAGCUGGGGGAGCGGUUCUUGAAGAUGCUGAGUGUUUGAGGUUGGUAUGUGUUAUGUGGUUGAAGCUGUACCUAGUAAUAAUAGUGUAAUGAGGAUAUGACGAUACAUGAAU